GAGAAGGCUCCCAAGGACUGACGACUCUUCUUAGCGGAACGGCAACUUCUUCGAAUGCUGGAAGUUCUGCGCCAGCAGCUGGAGGCGGCUUGCUCGGUGUAGGAGGGAUAUCAGCGUUCGGGAUGCCUUCAUCUUCCGUUCGUUCAGCUGAACAAGCACCAGGCAACAUGAAUCAUGCACAGGUGAAUACUAGUGGCGUCGCGGCACCCUCACUUUUUGGCGGAGCACUAGGAGGAGCAACAAGCUCUGCUGGGGUCGUCGGAUUCGGGGGUAACCCACCACCUCCUGGUGCUGCGCAGCGGUCACCGGUAUUUGCUUAUGGGGGGGGAGACCUGCGCACGCCAGGAGGCCUCGGACCGUCACCGAUCACAACGAGCGCUAGUUUGCAGCAGCAAUUACUGGGGAGCGCGGCUUCGCCGGCCAUCCCCCGUCGGGGUGGCCUCGGUCUAGGUGGCGGCCUUUCGGGGUUGCGCGCGGCCGGAUCUUUUGGGCGUAAUAGUCUUGGCAUGCGCCUAAGCUCCGGCAACAAUUUCGCGAUGGGCAUAGCCAACGGCAUGAACAAUAGGAUUUCGGGGGUACGAGAACUAGAAGUUUUUCACCAGGCUGAGGGCUCGGAGGACGCAGACGACCACCUACUAACUGCAUUUGCCCCAGGCGGUGACAUGAUAGACGUGGACCACACUGCAAACAAUACAACAUCAAAUAAUGGUACGAGAAGUUCUCUUGCGAUAAAUCAGCUCCAAUUUCAAUUACAUGCGGAGGAUCUUGUUGAUAUACCAUCUUCUGCAGGAGGACCGCGAUCGCAGAUGAUGCCUCUGUCUCCUCCGCCCAAACGGUCACCUAUGGCGCCACCUGCAGUAGAGCAGAUAGGCGGCAGCUCCUCGUCAACCGCCGGACCGUCGGACAUCCUGGCUGGAGGCAGACACUUUCAUUCUUCCGCUGACAACGCACCUCCAAAGUUACCUACUUUUGGUCUUGGGCUUGCGGGUAGCAACACUACGGGUGACAGCAUCAAUCAGAAUCACGUCAGAAAUGGUCACGCUCAUCAAGGUUCUAGCAGAGAUCCAAUACAGGACGCAACAAGAGAGGCGAGUAGAGGCAACAGAGGAGGAGGAGAUUUCUCAGGAGGAGGAGGAGGAAGCGGCUCUUCCGAACACUCACCUGGCGAAUCCGAUGAGCCAAGAGGAGGGAGCAAAGAUGAGCCCAUGCUUCAGAGGCUCAGGCAGCGCAUACAGACAGCUUUCCGGGCCCAUCUGUACCAGACGGGUGCCUUUCUGGCGGAUAAAGUCCUCGCUAUCAGCAAUGACACGGACGACCUCUUUACCUUAGCCGAAUGUCUCUACCAAAAUCGGGAAUAUGCCCGGGUGAUCUUUCUGCUUACACAGCAGUAUCCAGCGCAGCUCCGUGAUGAGGAGCGACUAAAGUAAUUACAAUUAGGUAGUAAAUUCGAUAAACCUUUUUCCUACCUUUUUAUUCAGGAGUCAAAUCCAUACUUUUUGGAGCGAAUCCACAUCAGAAGAAGCACAUUGGAUGAACUGUUUCACAAUUCAGGUUAGUUGUAUUCUGUGUCUUCACACCGUAGUACAUUAACUACAGCUACACCUGCCCGUUUUCACAAGGUUGCUCGUCGUGCAGAGUUAUCUCUGUGCGCGGGAGUUCGACGAGGCACUUCGUUUUUUGGACGAGAGCUGCCUUCCUUCAGGCGUAGGCCUCGCGCGCUUUGAGGAGGGUGAGCUGCGCGCCGUUUUUGCGUAUCUGAAGGGACGCGUCUUCGAGCAUUUCGAAAAUCGAGAUAGUGCAGUUAACUGCUACAAGCUUGCUGUGCAUUACGUUAAGGCAAGGAAAGAUUCGUUAAUAGCAUAGUAUUUACGUUAGUACUAAGUACGUAGAGCUAGAAGCACUUAGUAUGAUAACUAUCACAACUUGUAAAGAAGUAAUAAUAGAAUCGGUAGCUGUCUUGAGAUGGUGUCGUGUAGAAACUUUGGAGGUGUGUAGAAGCUGCGGAGGUCUCGUCUAACCACGAUCCUUAUCUACAUGAGGCAGUGGAGAAGUUGUUGUCUACCAGCAUGCUUUCGCGCGCCGAGGAACAAAGCCUCAUCGAGCGCAUGGCGAUUGAUGACGAGGAUGCAUGGUUGCGAACUCUAUAUUUAAGACUGGUUUAUUAUCACUCCGGAUGCGGAAAUCCGAAGAAACCGCGUAUGCUUUAAUGAAAAACUGUAACGAAGUAAGCGGUCUGUGUCUGAGUCUAAUUCUACUUCUAAUAUAUGCCGCGCGAUCCUCCGCUACUGCGGGAGACGAUGGGAAUUUUUCUGCCGAUGCAUCUUCGUCGACGGGACUGAAGAACAGACUGUCGCUACAGCCGCUUGAGGAUUGCAAGCGCAUGUAUCCAUUAGCCGAGCUUCCACAAGGCUUGCGCGACAAUGCUUUUGUUCUAGGUGCAAUUGCGGAACGAUACUACGCUAGGGUACUACUUUACUACGUCGUGUCAACUUUUUCCUAUUUUUGAUGGCGUUGCUAAUUGACUCUGGGUAGAAAGAGGUGCCAUUUGUUUGUCAUCGAAGACCAAGACACAAUCACAUCAAGGCCACGAUGAACAACUAACAGAUCCGAACCCAUGUUAAAGUUGCACUCUUCGACUUCUUGAAACAUCAAGGACAACACCUAGAAUCCGUCCUAUGCAGUGUUGAAAAGAACUAAGUAGUUGUCUGGGCUGAGAAGAAAUAGAAGCUGUUUUUGUUUCUUAAAGUAAGUUUUCUACGAGUGAACUACGUCAACAUUAAUAUAUAUAGUAUCCACAUGAUGUUGACUUCGUUCAGGGGGACUACACGGCGUCCUACUUGGUUUCCAAGAAGAUACUGGAACGGGAUCCCUAUGAAUUGGACGCCUUGGGAAGCCACAUUGCGUCACUUGUAUUGCUUGAAAACAAGACACUGGUUUUUUGCAUCGCGCACCAGCUUUUGAAGUUAUGAGUUUGAAGAUGGAAAUGAAAAUGUCUAGUUCAUCGGUCUAUAUCAUGUAUGGACAAGAAGUUCAUCACUAUCCUUUUACCUGAAUGUUGCUAGCAAAGAUUUCUUUUUUUUUUCAUUUCCUGCCUAUCCGAACCAUGGCAUUUCGUGGUACGCAAGUGGCUGCUACUACUACAUGGCACGUCGGUACGAGACGGCGCGUAAAUUUUUCUCGAAGGCUACCCUCUUGGAGCACAACUUUGCGCCAGCCUGGGUGGCGUACGGGCAUGCGUUCGCUUUUCAAGAGGAAAGUGAUCAAGCGCUGACAGCCUACCGCACAGCAUCGAGGCUCUUCCCAGGAUCGCACUUGCCAUGGCUAUUUCUGAUAUGACAACAGGAAUUAGUAGUAGACCCAGACGACCUCAACGAGCAUCAGCAUCUGCAUUGCUGAUUGCUUUGAAAGUGGGAAAUCGCAGUCCCCGUUCGAUAUGAGAGGAAGUAUCUGUAAUCAUUUUAUUUGUAGCCUUCUAACCAAGGGGAUGGAAUACACGAGAACAUCGAAUCUUACACUUGCGGAACAGUCGUUGCACAUGGGACGUAGCAUCGCGCCUAACGAUCCGAAUCUGUAUAACGAGCUCGGCGUCUGCGCCUUCGAAAAAGGCGAAUUCGAGUACUGCUGUUUAGACUCUAAAUAAAGGACAAGGAGUCUGAAGAUGCUUAGCCUUCGAACUAAAAAUGGUUUAAAUGCAUAGAUAGUAUACAUCGAUAGAUGGGCUCAUCUUGUGCGAAUAGUAACCUCAACCACGACGUCGAGGAGGCGUCCUCUCUGUGAUUUACCUCUUCGCUCUCGGCAACUUAAUAAAUCACUUAGAUCUAGGAAGUCUCAUCAUCAUGAUUGCCCUGUUGUCCUCCACAACCAGGAACGCGGUCGGCUUCUUCGAUAAGGCGCACCGACUAAAGGAGGACGACGACGCAUUCCUCGAAAAUCUGGGACAUGCCUACUUGAAAUGCAACGAGUAUUCCUUAGUUAUAGCUUUCUUUUUGUUUUUACCCGCUUCUACUACUGAUUUUCGAUAGGGUGCUGCAGUCCAUCGCGUGGGCGCUGCAGCGGCUGAGGAGAACAUAGGCUGCGUGCCGCUUUGGGGUUGGCUUGCUCGUACUUGCGAGGCAGCCACUCUUUUGGCGACGUGGGGGCGGGCGCUCCCAUUCAGUUAGAACAGGUCGCCAUCUUGCUUGCAACUUGCCGGGGGGGGCGCUCUUCUCGUUAGCGGGUCUGCGCCUAUUUCGUUUAGGGUUUCGGGCUGUGAUGGAGAAAGGUGCGGGAGCCUCUAGCCGAGUCCGAUCGCAUCGACUUCGGCGCUGGUUGGUGUGGGGGCGUAAAACUUGCUGGCGGGCCAUAUGUAUGACCAGGGGCGCGGAGUACGCUGCUGCGGCUUAAGCUCGUGCGGGCUCGCGGACAUUGGUCACCGCGCGCGGGCCCGUGCGCCUGCUGGGGGGGUCUUGUACUCAGCCGGAUGGAUGGACACACACGCGCGUGACCUGUUUGAUCCGAUGCCUGUGAAGGAAAUCGCCCAGCACUUAAGCCAAUGAAUCCCCAAAGCAUGCGCGCGGCUGGCGACUACGUACCUUGGUGGAAAGACCGCGGGCGGGGCACAGCCAUGAGCCCGCCACAAGCAUGCCCGGGCCCAGAAUCUCGGCUGUCGCAUGCGGAAGCGUUUGCACAGCAAACAGCUGCAGAGUACAGCGCCGAAGCUUUCCAGACAGCAUGCAUCUUGGCAGGGUGGGGUGGGCUAUCUGGCCAGCUCUAUGGGGAGCCUGACAAAGGUCACGAAGCGCGAAGGAUGGAAAGAUAUCAGCGAGAAGUGGGCAACUCUCUCAGCGGGGCUUUAGAAGAGACGCAGAGAGCGAACUCGCCGCAUUGGUAUGACCGAUAUGAGCACGCCGGUGAGGCGAUUGGGGGCUUCGUGUAUGGGCUUGGGGCUGACCAAAAAACUCGCCCCGGCCAAUUAUUAUGAGGCUUAUAGCUAACUUGUGGACACACAGAAGUAACGCGCGGCGAAAAGGACCCCAGAGGAGCGGGCGGUGGGUCGCUUUGGUUAGGUACCUCUUAGAAUGGACAAGGCUGCGCGCCGUGUUUCUUUGCAGCUGGCUGCUGGUGCAGGGUGAAGGUGAUGGUGCUGCUCGUGUUGUGGGUCGGAGUAUCCUCGGCCACGGCGGCGCUUCUGGUGUGGCCCUUCUGUCUUUUCCCUCUGAUCUGUGUGUGCUUGUGUACACUGGUGGGACGCCCUCGCCGUGUCUUCCUUGCCAGCGUUGCCUCACCGGUGUGUGGCUGGGGUUAAGGGGGGUAUUAACAAAAAAGGACAAACUUAGUCUACGACUUUAUGUCAUCCCCGAUGAGGGGCGGACGCAGUUCCCUCACAGCGAGGGCACACGCGGGCCGGCCGUGUCUCUCCGUUGGAUCCGGGCACUUGCUUUGGCGAGGGGGUGCGUGGCGUCUUCUCGUUUGGAGUGAUGUCUGUUGCGGCGCAGAGUGGGCUUGUGUUAUGACAUUCACCCAUCGCGCUGAGUGUGGCUCCGUAGGGGGGCACUCGGUUCCCGUUCCCGGCCCCCCUUCAUUCUCGCUAUCGUGCGUUGAUGUGCACGCCAAAUACUCGGUUGUGGGACACGCAGUAUCUAAAUCUAUGAAGAAAUUCAAUCUUCAGGCAUUCGCUUGCGCUCGUUGUGUUUGAGAAGGCGCUCUCGGCGUCCGACGGAGCGUCCGCGACCGCGCAUUGUGCUGUUGCAUUCGUGCGGCACCUUUCCGGUGAUCUGGAUAGUGCGAUCGAGAACUACCAUCGUGCGCUCAGUUUACAGUCCGACGACCCCUUCGCACAAGAAAUGUUGAACUAUGCCGUUCAGGAAGCUGCUGGAAUGGAGGUGGAGUAGCAGUUCGGGAAGUUCUGAAAAGUGUGAUCAAUACUUAAAGAGUUUGAGUUUAGUCAUAACAAGUUAUGAUCCAUUCUCUUUUUCAUCAUACGCGGCAUGCGCAAUCGUAAAUCACUUCUUGGAUGAAGCAUCAAAACCGCAUGAAAGCCUGAAGUGAAGCCUUAUUAUCGAAUAGAUACUUACUUUUGCCGAAGAUGAAUACGCAUGCGCAUCAUCUGCAAGUAUUUCGAUGAAAUUGGAAAUGGAGGAAAGUAGUAGGCACGAC